GUCUACCACACACACCUCCACAAUGAGCUUCCACGAGUCCGCCGUCCACGGUUCCAUCCGCCUCGAGGGCCCCUUCCUCCACGCUCUCCUCCGCGAUGCGCACGGCCACGAGCGCCCCGCCCACAUUGACCUGAACCACUUCAUUGGCAACAUCAACGGCCACUUCCAAUGGGGCGGCCACAACUUCUUCGAGUCCGCCCGCGGGGUGCACUUCGACAUCGAGGGCGGCGCUCACGUCCCCGUCGUCCGCGGUGAGCUCCGCGACGAGCACGGCAACUGGCACGUUCGCGACAUCAACCUCGCCGAGCGCUUGUUCAACAUCGACGGCCACUUCGAGUUCCGGUAGAUUUAACGUUAUCAUCUCGAUGAAAUCUGAAUAUUAGCAUUGUUUUGUUCACUUCCUCUGUUCAAGUCCAUCCCAAGUAGCGGUGAGGUCGAUAGAUCGUCGGUACGGUACGGUACAGUGCAUCAGAGGGGCGAUCGGUACCGAACCCAGAAUUAGGGUCUCGGAGAAAGUUACGUGGAAACCGCUGGAAGGAAAAGAGAAGAUGAUCGGCGGGAUCGGGGUUUCAGUACGCUGGUGCCGAGUAAACUAGUCUAAAAGACAAUAAUUCGGCCGCGGGCGAUCAUAACAUCUUACCGCUUGCGGGUUAAUCUCAC